GUCCAGAGUGUCGAAAGGUAGCCCAUGCGGUGUCGUCAAGUGUCGAAAAUCUCGAGGCCGAUUGGUUGUCAAGGGUACUGUCGCAUCGCAACGCUCCGGAUGCGUGUUGUGAUAUUGGACCACUAGGCGUCAUGACGACCGUGAUAUCGUGUCAUCUAUCAGCGGCUUGAGUGAAUAAAAGGGUGCAGCUUGAGAUGGCAGAUGGAUCACUGUCUCGAUUUCUUGCUUCUGACUUCAUCUAGCUUUCUUGGAUGACGUCCUCCAGCCUUCCGCCUUCUAUAAGAAGAGAGCUGACGGGUAAAAAGCUGGUCUGGCACCUAUCGUGGAAUGGCUUACACCUCGGACUCUUCGCUCUUGGCUGGUGGUCUCAAUGGUCGAAUCAGCGACUUGCUGCUCUGAAUGGGCUCCGAUACUCGGUCUGGACCUCUCGUGGCGCGGGACUGGUACUCGCAUUCGACGGUACAAUCAUCCUUCUCCCCAUGCUCAGGAACCUCAUCAAACUACUCAGGCCACAACUGUCUUGGCUCAUUCCUCUUGAUGAGAGCAUCUGGUUUCAUCGACAAGUGGCCUAUCAACUCCUCAUUUACGCCAUCGUCCAUACUACCGCCCACUACGUCAAUUUCAUCAACGUCGAACGAACUCAAGUCAGGAAGCAAACAGCGUGGGAAAUUCACUACACCCAGCCCGGGGGAUUCACGGGACAUGUAAUGCUUCUCAUCAUGCUGUUGAUGUACACCACUGCCCACAAGACCAUACGACAACGAUGUUUUGAGGCCUUCUGGUACACCCAUCACUUGGCUUUCUUCUUCAUGAUCGGGUUUUAUACUCAUGCCACUGGCUGCUUUGUCAGAGAUAGCGUCGAUCCCGACUAUGUUGCCGUCUUCCCAUUCUACUCGACAAACCAUUGCCUGGGAUAUGAGUCGUGGCGGUUCGCCAUCUGGGGCGGCAUUUUGUACUUUAGCGAGAGAGUCUGGCGAGAGGUACGCUCGAGACGUCAGACAGCCAUCACCAAUGUCAAGAUCCACCCAAGUGGCGCUCUCGAGUUACGAUUCGUGAAGCCUUCCAUGAAGUACAAGGCGGGUCAGUGGCUCUUUUUGAAUUGCCCAGAGGUAUCCAAGUGGCAAUGGCAUCCUUUCACGAUCUCGUCUGCGCCCGAGGACCCAUUCAUCUCAGUCCACAUUCGUCAAGUUGGGGAUUUUACUCAAGCUCUCGGUGCGAGACUCGGCGCCACAGUCGGUGUCUCGGGCGAGUCUCUCAUGGACAGCGAGAAAGGUGGUCGACGCGGUGAUUGGAUCGAGAUUUCGCCAGCUAUGGGAAAGCCUAUGCCCCUGCUGAGGAUUGACGGUCCUUUUGGUGCUCCAGCUGAGGACGUGUUCAAGAGCGAGGUGGCGGUCCUGAUUGGAGCUGGAAUUGGCGUGACCCCAUUCGCAAGCAUACUGAAGCACAUCUGGUACGCGCAGCGUGCAGGCAAAUUGGGCGCUCUGAGAAGAGUUGAAUUUAUCUGGUCAUGCCGUGAAGCCGGUUCUUUCGGAUGGUUUCAAAGCCUCUUGGAGGAGAUUGAGGAAGCCCAGACCGAUUCCAAUUUCUUGCGGAUGUCGAUAUAUCUCACCCAGAAGAUGGAUAGCGAUGCCGUUCAGAACAUUGUCAUCAAUUCGGUUGGACAAGAAUACGAUCCACUGACAUUACUCCGUACUCGAACGCUGUUUGGAAGACCAGACUUUCAGCAAAUUUUCAGUGCGCUGGCAGCCAGCAUAAACGGGGGAUCCUAUCUCGUAGGGCGAGAGGCUACCCUGAAGACCAGGCUCGGUGUCUAUUACUGCGGUCCCAAUCCACUGGCACGCGUCAUCCAAGCAGAGGCGAUGAAGUGCAAAUCAGACACGAUCGAUGUCAAGUUUGCCAAAGAGCAUUUCUAA